AUGGAGGAAGUAAGCACAAGUCAUCCAUUGGUUUGGAUUGAUUGCGAGAUGACAGGACUCGAUCUUGAAAACGAUGUCAUCAUUGAAAUUUCAUGCAUCAUUACGAAUGGAAAUCUCGAGGUGAUGGAUGAGAAGGGUUGGGGUGCUGUGAUUCAUCAAGAUGAAAAGACGAUGAAUAAAAUGGACGAAUGGUGCACCACAACCCACGCAUCCACCGGCCUCACAGCCGAAGUGCUCUCCUCGACCACAACUCCCACCGAAGCCGCCGUCUCCCUCCUUGCCUACAUUAAAGAAUAUAUCCCCGAACCCCGUCGCGCAUUACUUGCUGGAAAUAGCGUACACGCCGAUAAAGCAUUCUUGAGCAAAGGACCUUAUAAACAGGUGAUGGAUCAUUUGCAUUAUCGAAUCUUGGAUGUGAGUAGUAUUAAAGAGGCAGCGAAGAGAUGGUGCGAUUUGGAGGUUUUGGUGGGACAGCCGAAGAAAUUGGGGAGACAUAGGGGGAGAGAGGAUAUCGAGGAGAGUAUUGCUGAGGCGAGGUAUUGGAAGGAGAAGGUAUUUCAGAAGGGGAACUGA